AUGGUCAAGAUCUCACACGAAGAGUCACAGCGCAUCAAGACGGCUUUCUUGUCGUAUGCUCAGGGUCAAAGCAAAGUCACGGAGCCUAUGAUUGACCAGCUCAUCUGCGGUGCCAUCCCAGGUCUCUCGUGGGAGCAGCUGCAGGAGAAGAAAAAGGGUCGUGGGGCAGCGGAUGGCUACGACCGUAGUGCCUUCUUCGCCCUUGUUGCGUCCGACGAGCAGUACGUGCGGUUUAUUGCGCAGCACUUUCCGUGUGCACCGGAGGAGGAGAAGCAACCGGAGAUUGACGCUCUGGAGCUCAAGACUCAGAAGGGGUUUUAG